AUAAAUCGAUAACUUGCCAUCGGCUGCGGCGCAUCUCUAUUGCAGCAGGCGCCGGUGGAUAUAGUAAUUGUAAAGGAACAUUACGAUAGGAUUAGCCGAAAUUCAGUGACAAGAUGACUACGUUGCGACCCUUCACAUGUGACGACCUCUUCAAGUUCAACAAUGUAAACUUUGACCCACUUACGGAGACCUACGGGCUGUCCUUCUACACCCAGUACCUAGCCAAGUGGCCGGAGUACUUUCAACUUGCGGAGUCGCCCAGCGGACAAAUAAUGGGGUACAUCAUGGGCAAGGUAGAAGGACACUUGGACAACUGGCACGGACACGUUACAGCGCUGACCGUCUCGCCCGACUACCGGCGAUUGGGUCUGGCUGCGCUGCUCAUGAGUUUCCUGGAGGACAUUUCUGAGAAAAAGCGGGCAUACUUUGUGGAUCUGUUUGUGAGGAAGAGCAACCAGGUGGCGAUAAACAUGUACACGAAUCUCGGCUACAUCAUAUACCGCACCAUACUGGAGUACUACUCAGGCGACCAGGACGAGGAUGCGUACGACAUGAGAAAGGCCUUAUCCAGAGAUGUGAACAAGAAGUCGGUCAUACCGUACACGCAGCCUGUACGACUGGAAGAUAUAGAUAUGAAUUGAUACGAUAUCAACCCAGUAGCGCCCGAAAUCGCAUUUAUGUCUAACUGAUCCCGAUCCACCAUUUUCAGCCGGCGCGAGCGCAUCACUUCGCAGCCCAUUGAAUUCUAGUUAAUUUAGAUAUGUAAAUAAUCCGUAAUCCCAUGAUC